CGUAAAUCAAUAUCGGAGAAGACAGUUUUGACGUUUCUCGCUUAAGCUCUCCGUACAAUCACGGUCAAAUUCCAUUAUCAGAAUGUGUGUAUGGCAAUUUAAUUUGAUAAAAUUGUUAUGAACCAACGAUAUCCACUUUCGAUUUCUGCCAUUUUUCCCAUCUCGUCCUUUUUGUUUCAUUCUUACCAAGUUCAAAUCGACCAUCGAUUCGCGUUUCAUGAACACAUAAAUUAAAAAUGAAAUAAAAUAGAAAACAAAAAUUUGGUGGAUAAAACGUAGUUUAUGUGCGAAAAAUAAAAUAAAAUAAAAUAUUAAAUUUAUGGUUUCUAUUUGAAAUUCAUUAACACAAGCAGUUCUAAGGUCGCACCGUGUGCCAACUUCAUGCUGAAUUCACGGAUACUUUUUUUUCUCUUUUAAUAUGGUGCGGGGUGUUUUUCAUAGACGCCAUUAUCCUUAAUUUUUUCUAAUAUUGCUAUAAGAUCCCAAAAUAGCUCGACCAGACAGCAAAACGAACAUUUGUUUUCAUCGUUUCGAGUGUUUUUUUUUAAUUCAUUAAGUGUUUGUCUCUACUUUUUGGAUGCUGACAUUUUAUUUGUCUAUUUGUGAUUGUUGAAUUUGUUGUUCUGUGUGAAAUAAAAAUUUCUUGUUACAAAAUGCAGACCUAUGUUAUGGGAUAAAUUUGGAGAAAAUCCACACGAACGAUAAAUAACACAUAAACAGCGAAACGAACAGCAGCAUAGGCACAGCAGCCGUAGCAGCAGUAACAACAACAAUAACAGCAGCAGCAAUAGAACUUCGGCGUAUCCGAAUGCUUGAAUGUUUGGAUGGAGAAUGUAAAUGCGAACAGUUUUCAAGACAAAAAUAAGAUAAACACAACAUUUCAUUGAGCAUUGUGUUUUUCGUUCUCAUAAAACACAAUAUUCUCGCACUGCUUCCAUUUCGUCGUUUUGUGGCUUAGUGAAAUAAAGCAACACAAGCACAAACACAAACACAAACACAGAGUGAGAGAGAGAGAGAGAGCGACGACCCAUUCGCAUUGGAAAAGUGUGGAAUUCAAAAGUAUGAAUAUUGGAUCGUCAUCGACUAGUUCGAAUGCGAGUACAAGCAACGAAAUGUCUGUGGAAUCGCGACCAAAACAAGUUACGGUCAAGCAUCCUGAAUCAAAUAAACCGAAGCCAACGACGAAGAAAACCAAACCGAUUCAGGCGGAUUUGGAUGUGAUCAAGGAAUUCGCACGAUGUCGCGACGAAAAUAUCAAAGUGUUAGAUCUCAGCAAGUCGUCAAUUACAUUGAUACCGCCAUCGGUGAAAGAGUGCACAAAUUUAGCCGAAAUUUACCUGUAUGGCAAUAAAAUUGUUUCGCUGCCCGCCGAGAUCGGAUGUCUGGCAAACUUGAAAACGUUGGCGCUCAAUGAAAACUCUCUUACCUCAUUGCCGGAUUCGUUGUCGAAUCUGAAGCAACUCAAGGUGCUUGAUCUGAGACACAACAAACUCUCUGAAAUACCUGAAGUGAUUUACACAUUGACCUCGCUGACAACACUCUACUUGCGAUUCAAUCGCAUCAAAAAUGUCGGCUUCGGCAUCAGCAAACUCACCAAUUUGACAAUGCUCAGUCUGCGAGAGAAUAAAAUCCGGGAAUUAUCGUCCGGCAUUGGAUUUCUAGUCAAUCUCACCACAUUUGAUGUAUCGCACAAUCAUCUCGAGCAUUUGCCCGAAGAAAUCGGCAACUGUACCAAUCUCAGUGCGUUGGAUUUGCAGCACAAUGAACUGUUAGAUAUUCCGCAAUCGAUUGGCAAUUUGCAGAAUUUGGCACGAAUUGGUUUGCGAUAUAAUCGGCUCACGCACAUACCAGCCUCGCUCAAGAACUGCAAGUACAUGGACGAAUUCAAUGUGGAGGGCAAUGGAAUAUCAUCGUUGCCGGACGGUUUGCUGGCCAGCCUAACAUCGCUCACGUCAAUUACGCUGUCGCGCAACCUGUUCACCACGUAUCCAACAGGUGGACCAGCUCAAUUCACAAACGUUACAUCGAUCAAUUUGGAGCACAAUCAAAUCGAUAAAAUACCAUAUGGCAUUUUUUCGCGCGCAAAAGGUAUCACCAAACUCAAUAUGAAAGAGAAUGUUCUCACCUCACUUCCAUUGGAUGUUGGCAACUGGCUGCACAUGGUUGAAUUGAAUCUGGGCACAAAUUCACUAUCAAAAAUCCCAGACGACAUACAUUCCCUGCAAAAUUUGGAAAUUCUCAUUCUGUCAAAUAAUUUGCUGAAGAAAAUCCCCAACACGAUCGGUAGCUUACGCAAAUUGAGAGUGCUAGACUUGGAAGAAAAUCGCAUCGAAUCGCUUCCCAAUGAAAUAGGCUUACUACGAGACUUACAACGAUUGAUUUUACAAUCAAAUCAACUGACAGCUUUACCUCGAACUAUUGGACACCUGACAAAUCUCACAUAUUUAUCCAUUGGCGAGAAUAAUUUGCAGUUUUUGCCCGAGGAAAUUGGUACGCUAGAGAAACUGGAAAGCUUAUACGUAAAUGAUAAUCAAAACUUGGUCAAACUUCCAUAUGAGUUAGCUUUAUGCCAAAAUCUACAAAUAAUGAGCAUUGAAAAUUGCCCACUAAGUGCAAUACCGUCCGAAGUUGUUGGCGGCGGCCCUUCUCUGGUUAUACAGUACCUUAAAUUACACUCGCCAUACAAACAAAUGUGAUUUAACGACUUACCACUAACUGCACAAGAGUUACACGUAGAUGCAUAAUUAGAUGAAGAAAAGAAGAGAAACUUGAUCAAUUUAACAACAUCAACAACAAAUGGACGAUCGAAACAGGAAGCAGACAUGAACACACUCACAAUAUACACUGAAUAUACCAACGAAUUUAAAUUCUUGCUGACAGAAGAAAAGUUAAUUUGUGAGAUUUGCUUUCAGGAUAACACAGAACAUUUAAAAGGAAAUUUUUUUAACCCAUUAACGCCCAACGUCCUAUUUUUGGGACACAAACAAUUUCUGACUUUUUCGAAGAUUUACCACUAAAUUUUUCUUACAUGUGACAUAUGUACGUAUAUAACAUAUACCAUUAAACCGGAUAAUGUUGUGGCUUUCCAAAAAUACCUAUACUUUCGUAUAAAUCACUCCAGGUCUCAAGUUAGCCUUGGCCUGAAGUUGAGGAAAAAAAAUUAAUUUUUUUUUGUCUGGGCGUUAAUGGGUUGAAAUGAAAAAAAAAAACAAACAUAAGAGAAAACAUUUGCCAAAAUAAUGCUUUGGUUAUCACUAUACUUUAUGGUUCGAAUUAUUUUUUUAUAAUCAAGCAAGUUAAAAACAAAACAAAACCAAAAAAAAAUAUAUGAAAUAACGAUUAUUAUGAAUAUUGUUCGUUUCAUCCAGUGAAGAGUUUAACUGAUAACUGAUUAGAGAGAAAAGAUGACAAAAAAUUGCGAAUGGUGAAAUGAAACGAAGCCCUUCCAGCCCAUUUCAUUUCACAAUUUCCACACAAGUAUUACAUGUGAUACAACAAUGAAUGAAAACAAACUAGCAGAUUUUCAAAACGAAAAAAGUAUCGAUAUAUUUCACAAACAAACACGAGAAAAAUCAGUGGCAUUUUAUGUACAGUUUCAGCGCAAACAACAAACAAAGUUUUAAAAAAGAAAAAGAAAAGAACGAUCGAAAUAAGUUUGCUUAUUUAUUGUAUGAAGAGCAUAGGCAGCUGGUACAAUAUUAAUUAAAAAGAAAAAAUCAACAACAGCAUAAAAUUAUUGGGAUGGAUGGCACAUCCAGCAUCCCAUUAUAAUAUAUAAUAAGUGUUUCGAUAUCAUUAUAUUUAAAUUUGAAGAAAAAAAAUGAAAAAAAUGAAUAAUUAUAAUAAAGUUGAAUACAAAAACAGACACGUUAAAAAGUAGCAGAUACAACCAAGUUGAAGCGAUAAAAUAAAAGAACGCAAAUUCCAAUGCAGAUUCGAGGUAAAUGUGGAAAUUUUCCUCUUUCGUGAAAAUCGAAAUGAAAAACAAAUAUCGGCCAAUUUUCUUUUGUGAAAUAAACAGCAUCUCCAAGGAAAAAGUUAAAUUUUGUCGGAAAAAUGACGAAGAAGAAAAAUCAACAGAAUUCGGUUGAAAAGCGCUUGUAUGUUUUUGUACUCUUUGUGUUGCUUUCUAGACGUUGUAUUUCAUUUGAAACAAGAAAGAAAAGAGUUGAAAAUUGGCCAAUCCAGUAAAAACAAAAAUAAUGAGCAUUCGACAAAAGUUCUACACAUAAUUAAGUUGAAAAUUCUCUUUUUUUCGAAAAUGAACCAAAAGCGUAUCAUAAGAGAACAUAAGAAAAAUUGUUAAGUAAGUUGCACUUCAUUUCGAAAUCAUCAAACUGUCUUAGUACACAUGAUUUGAAAAAGAAAACAAAAAAAAAACAACACAAAAACAUAUUUUUAUUAUUAUUUUACGUGCAUUUAGAUUGAACAAACAACUCAGUUACUACAUUUAUUGACAUUUUUAUGUGCCCAUUUUAAACAACAACAAAAAAACUUAUUUAUUUUGCAUCUUAGAUUAAACGAAAAUUUAGCGUUCAUUUGGGAUUUGUUCCUAAAAAAAUCAAAUAACAUUUUUUUCAAGUAUUGCAUUCAAACCAACCAUGUUUGUAUCAUUUCUGUGGGAACUAAAUUUGCCAAAUGUAUCAUAAUCAUAUACUGUACAAGAAAA